AUGAAAACCAACCGAAACACCACCCCAAAAACCCGAUCACCACCAUUCAAACCCUCCUCAAACACGGGGUCUCCACAACCGGUGCCAAUUGCGGUGGUGCAUCCAUCUGCUCAGCCAAAGAGGAAGGCUAAGGCUGUGAAGGGCGGCGACAGGAAACGGCGCGCAACCACCAAAUUCCCAUCAUGGAAUUACACUCUCGGAUAUCACAUCAACUAUGAUUGGUGUGUGGCGAGUAAGUUCACUGAAUUUACUUCUUUAAUUGAUUAUCAAAAAUGGACUCACUUGUUCCAGAAUUGUUCUCAUUACCCUGUUUAUCCUAAAUUUAUUUAUGAGUUCAAAAAUACCUUUCAAUGUGAUAAUGGUGUGUGCUCGGCCGUAGUUAAUGAUAUUCCAAUUUCGUUUGAUGCCAAUUAUCUUGGAAAUCUAUUUCAAGUUCCUGUUAAAGGCUAUUGUUCUUAUUUAAAGCACAAACAAUCUGUAAAUAUUGGCCAUAAUGAUGAAUGCAAAAUCCUUCAAUUUAUUGGAGGAAAUCCGAAAGUGAAAACUACUCACCAUCAUGCCCUAACACCCCUUCAUAAGCUACUGUUUACCUUCACCUGGAAGGACCACAAUUCCAUAUGGCUCUUUCCUUACUGUGUUGUUCAAAUCUUUUGGUAUGAUGUUGAAUGUGAAUCCCCAACAUAUCUCAAACCCGAUAAUAUCCUCUCUGAACAAUCAUUACUUAGACUGAGUCUUAGGCUUACAAAUGGCAAAGUAUGUUUUGUGCCUCGGAAAGGAGGGGAGAAAAAGAAAGGGAAAGGGAAAGAAGCUAAGGAAGAAUGUGAUGCAAGCAGUGACCAGGGUAGUGAGGAGGCUAGUGAGGGUGCUACCACCUCCAGUGAUUCUGAGGGAGAUAAGGAAGAAGAAAAAAGUUCUAACGGAGAGAAAAACAAAGAAAAAAUACUUGAGGGAGAUGUGCAAGGAGAAAAACAGGAAGAUUCUGAGGGGGAACAUAUGGAAGUUUCUGAGGGGGAAGCUCGACAAUCUGACUUACAUGAGGGGCAGGGAACUGAUCAAAGUGAGAGGGAACAUACCACAGACUCUGAGAGCACAGCUGGACCACCUGUCAUUCCUGUGUUUACAGGGGGCCUUAGAAGGAGUAAGAGGAAUGUGGUCAAGCCUGCCCUUUCUACUACACACCCUGUGACUGUAGAAACCAUCAGCUCCUCAGACAAAUCUGAUUCCACCUUCAAACCUACCCAAGUUCCCUCUUCCACUGAACCCUCUUCUAUUCCUGUCUCACCUACUAGGCAGCCUUCUCAUUCACCUUCUCCUCCUCCAUUUCAGCCUACUGGCUUUGCUGCUUUCUCUGGAACUCGUGUGUCUGUUUAUGAUUUUCAACAGGUUCAAGCAGAUAUGGAGAAGUUGACUACUCUGGUGAGCAAGAAACUGGAGGAAAUGGCCUCGGAAUUGCUUUCUCUUAAAGGCCAGGUGCAGGCUCUGGCAGAAUCUCAAGCAACCGGAUUUGCAGGCGUGGAGGCAAAGCUUGCACAGGCUGAAGGCAAGUUUAGUGAAGGCAACAAGGAGAUCUUGGAAACUAUCAACAAAGUAGCCUUUGAGGAAGUCGAGGAAGACUCUAUUGAUCCCACAAAUCCAACCCUUGAUCCUACCAAUGCAGCCUCUUAAAUCCUUGAUUGCACUUAUUCUAAUUUCAUAUGUUGAACAAUUUUAUUUUGGUCUUGUUUAAUCUCUCUGAACUUUGGUUUGUACGCCUUUAUCCUUUGCUACAUUCUCUAUGUUCCUCUUCUAUUUCCUAAAUCGGAACUUGGCUCGUAUUUUUCAUAUGAUUGUGUGUGGUUGCUGAUGAUUUAGUACCUAACUUAUUUUUGCCUUGCAUUAUUUGAGCUCACUAUUCCCUACGUAGUCUAGUGGGAGUAUAGCAAAAUGUUUUUUUUUCAAUCUUUUGAUAAUGCCAAAAGGGGGAAAAGACAAACUUCAUGGCGGCUAAAGUGUUUACCAAGGAACUCACACAUCGAAGGUACAAACUUUUCUAAGUUAAUAAAGUCCUAGUAAUCUAAGUUUUUAAACUUUUUCUAAGAUUUUAAAGUCUUUGUUAAUUUUUUCUCUUUUGCUCAGUCUUUUUAAAAUAAAUACUUUUUAGCUUUUUUUUAAGUUCUUUAAUUACUCUGUUUUUUUUUUUUGUUUUCAUGUCUUACUUUAAAUUUCUGUUGCAUGCCUGGAUGAUUUUAUUUACUUAAGUUUGUCAAUGUUUGUCAUCAUCAAAAAGGGGGAAUUUGUUGAGCCUUUUGAU